CGGUGCCCGCUUUGUCGGAUGAGGGCCCCACCUGUCGCUGUCUUGACUCGGCGGUGCCCGCCGCCCGACCUGGAGGGACCGAUUGGACCUGUCGCUCCCGCCUUGGGGGCCGGGCGCCCGCACGCUCCGCCUCGGGGGCCCACGAGACCCUGUCGUCUCCCUGGGGGUCCGGCCACCUGUUCGCUUCGCCUGAGGGCCCGAGACCUGUCGCUCCGCCUGGGGGUCCGGCAGCCCGCCCGCUCCGCCUGAGGGCCCGAGACCUGUCGCUCUCACCUGGGGGUCCGGCGCCCGCCGCUCCGCCUGAGGGUCC